UAUUCAUUAACGACCGCUGUACCAUAAACAGAUCRUCAAGUGUUGAUCARCCACAUUGGUAAGCUACUGGCUUGAUUUGUCAUUURAAUACAAUUUGGAGRUUGUAGAAUGCAUUCUAAGAAUUGCCAAAUGGGGCUCUUCCUUAAAUCGUACCAUCCCUGCCAAUGAACAGCUAGUGUCAAUAGAAAUGUGACGAAAGAGCMGUUAUUAUGWACGAGAGAUGGCUAGUGAUUGUACCAAUAGUUUCAAUGGUGACGAUUCUACUUGGGAUUAAGUGUCUUCUUAGGUACMAUGCCACACAAAGCCGSCAGCGCCGAGAUGAAGCUCUCACGUUUCCAUGGCGAUAUCAUGCUACUGGUUUCCUGAGUCUACCGUAUGACGACAUCGUUGAGCCUUUUGAGGCGUGGUACGCAGGUGACAUCAACAUGAGUCGCAUUGACUACUAUAAUGGUAUGGACAAGACAAUCCAGCGUGGUGAUUUAGGYGAAUACGGAGAGAUGUUCAAGAUAAUCCCAAUGCAUUCUGGUAUCAGACCAUCGAACGAUGUAUACAUUAGCUGUUGGUACAAGCCUUUGCCAAAAUGGAUGCAUAGAAAACCACAGACAGUUGUACCAAACAACCUAUCAGAAUUCAAAAUGUCAGGARAGGAGGAGCAUCAAGGUCAACUUUGUUAUAAGUUUACCAGASUGAAAAUACAGUUCAACAAAACCAAUACAUACAUACUAUAUGUAACAGCACGUGCACCCCAUAAGCCUUUGCGCUUUGAAAUGAUAGGCUAUGAUGAAAUGAUGACGUCACAUUAUGAUCAUUACAUUCUGGACUACAYCAUAUUUGAACCAUGGAAGCUCAACAAAACGGUAUUCAACGUACCGAAAAAAAUAACCUGCACCAAGAAAAAACGAGUUGCUUCAACGUAUAUUUUGAAUCCAAUGGCAGAAUUCAUGCAUUUUARUCACGCCUAUGACAAGGAACUCGAGAAAGCUUACCACAGCUACAAAACAGAUCACAAAAAGUCUUAUCGAACCAGAAAAGAACAUGAAGCUCACAAACAUAUAUACAAACAUAAUCUUAGGUUCAUCCAUUCYAAAAAUCGCCGACAUWUGAAGUACGUUUUAAAGCCAAACCAUUUGACAGAUUUGUCAGACGAAGAAGUCAGGCUGAAGAACGGUCUGCUUCAUGAACCACAUMCCAAGUCACUUACUGUMAAACACUUCAUCUUCAACCUUAGUCUAGCAUUAGGAAAUCUCCCCGCGAACCUUGACUGGAGAGAUUAUGGUGCAGUAUCACCAGUUCACAGCCAAGGAAUGUGUGGUUCUUGUUGGACUUUCUCUGUUUUAGGUGCUGUGGAGGCCAUGAAUUUCUUCAAGAMARGAAAGUUAAUUGAACUCUCAAAACAACAGCUGCUUGAUUGUUCGUGGGGMGUUGGUAAUCAUGGCUGCAGGGGUGGAUUUCAAGCAAGAACAUUGAGGUGGAUUAAGAAGAAUGGUGUUGCUACUAAGACUCAGUAUGGGAAAUAUCUUGCUCAGGAAGGAAUGUGUCACUGUGGGAAGAAAAUUACAAACCACGCUGUCUUGACGAUCGGCUAUGGCAACGAGACAGGCACUUCUUAUUGGCUGAUUCAAAACUCGUGGGGACCCCUGUGGGGAGAUGGUGGUUACAUCAAAAUAGCAAGCAAGAAUGAUAUCUGCGGUACGACAAGCGGUUCCCUGAUAGCGAUCAAAAAGAGUAAAGAUGUUAAAGAAUUCCCUUUCAAAUACCUAAAGAAGAUACCAUGGAAGGAUGAAAGACUUAUUACAGACAAGGAAAUGAUGGAACCAUUUCCCUUUACAUGA